GUUUCAACACCACCUAUUGCGUUUUAUUUCGCGGUUUUGAGCUUUUCUUCUUUUUAUUUAUAUUUACGUAGCAAACUGUUGAUAGGUUAGAGGUUAGUGGUAUAAUAUCGAAAGGUCAAGUUUGUAUAAUACUAAAUAAUUAAUCAGAUAUUUAAAUAUCUGUAAGUGCGAAGUUAAUUAAUCAAGAGAAAACAGAUCUUUAAAAAUGGAACACAAAUACGGGCUGGCUUUUUUACUAAUUUGGAUGCCAGUAAUACUGAGUAUAAGAAUACCUCCCAACCCAUGCCCAGAUAUCUUUCAGUACUACAAAGAUGAUGAAGGAGUAAUAUACGGAGAGGCGAAACUGCCAUAUGAUAACGCUACGUUAUUAGUAUUUAGUGUAAAUGCAUCUUUCUUGGGAACACAUAACCAAACCGCACUAAAACUGGAAAAAGUAACUGAACUAAAUGAACUUAACGAUGGUACGUCGCAGGUUAUAUAUAACAUAUUUUUCCCAUCUAUCGACGUUAUACCUAAAAUCACUGGACUCACAUAUAACGAUAGAAUAUACUGUAGCGGUCCUGAUGAACCAGUAGGAGAAGCCGGAAUAACUAACGUUUGGUUCAAACAGAGCUUUAAGUUUUCUCGACAAAAAUAUGGAUUCUACGACCCAGAAACUAAACCAGAUACUUCAGAAGACGAUAUUCCUGUUAAGAGUCCAAAUAAAAAACCAACGACUCUUCCACCAGUAUCAAAAGAAACAAACAAACCAAAAACUAAACCAGAUACUUCAGAUGAAGAUAUUCCUGUUAAGAGUCCAAAUGAAAAACCAACGACUCCUCCACGAGUAUCAAAAGAUGGAUUCUACAAACCAGAAACUAAUCUAGAUACUUCAGAAGACGAUAUUCCUGUUAAAAGUCCAAAUGAAAAACCAACGACUCCUCCACCAGUAUCAAAAGAUGGAUUCUCCAAACCAGAAACUAAUCCAGAUACUUCAGAAGACGAUAUUCCUGUUAAAAGUCCAAAUGAAAAACCAACGACUCCUCCACCAGUAUCAAAAGAUGGAUUCUCCAAACCAGAUAGUUCAGAAGACGAUAUUCCUGUUAAAAGUCCAAAUGAAAUACCACGAGAGACUGACUCAUUGGUGAUACCUAUCGAUUUACGGUUUGGGGCAAAAUAAACAGUACUGAAAUGUGGAUCCCUCAAAUUUGUAUGUAUAAUGCGCCGAAACGUACUGUUUGUGGUUUCCGAACGUCGUUAUAACGUAGUGAUUGUCAUGUUAAUGUUAAGGCGGAAAUACAUAUCUGCGCCGCGAACUCCGCGCCGUGUGAGCGCCGCGCGUUCGUGGCGCGGUUAAUGUUCGUUAAAAUUUUUCAUUUUGACGAACCUUCCUCGAUCCAGAGGAAACUUACGAACAUUUAGUAAUUGUAGAUAAUUAGUAUUAAAUGUGGGUGCCUACAUUGGAUACGUUUUUCUCCGAUCAGAGCAGAUCCGAUAUCGGCCGACGUCGGGAGUAGCUUCUCCUAUUCUCAUCGAGAAGUGUUUGGUUUCAUUCUGAUUGGUUUAAAGUUGAGUUGCAAGUUGGUUGCAAGUUGGUUGCAAGUUAGUUGCAAGUUGGUUGCAAACUGGUUGCAAAUUGGUUGAAAACUGGUUGCAAAUUGGUUGCAAAUUGGUUGCAAGUUGGUUGCAAAUUGGUUGCAAGAUGGUUGCAAGUUGGCUACAAGUUGGGGGUUGCAAGCUAACAUGUUUAAAUAUAUUCAAUGUCAUCAUCUCAUUUUCACUUUCCACGCUAAACAUCAAUAAGUUUGAUAUUUCCUUCCUAACACUCCAUUACUAACAAAUAUUCAACUCAGGUGCCCCAAAACCAACAAACCACUCGCAAACCCGUCCAAAUACGUAUUGCGAACCAUCAAAGCAUUUGUUGAAAAGCCGACAGAAGUUAGAUCGUGGUGCGCCGUGUGCGAGCCGUUUGUGUGCCACUUGAAAACACAUACUAAUCUAACAAAUAUGCUGCGCGCGAGCGGCUCGCACACCGAGCAGAGCGCAUAUUAUGUAUACCCGCCUUUAGGUGCUUUAGAAUAGUUCUUAGUUUUGCAGAAAAUUUUUUUAUCGUGAAGUACUAUUUUCGGUCUCACGGAAAGGGUUGCGAAAACGGUCCAAGCUUAUCAACAAUGGUUUCAGCAGGACGGGGCAACCUGUCACACGGUCAUUUAGUCUCUUUACACUUGAUUCUAAAUCCUGACCCACUACUUUGUGCCGUAUAAUUUGGGUUGGCUAUAUGAACUUGAAUCGGCGAAAUGGGCAUAUAAAUAAUAAAGUUUUGCUGUAUAUUAACCACUUUAAAAAUUCACAUCAAAUAUGUAGUACCUACCUUUUUUGUAGAUGUAUUUAAACAUGCAACUGAAAAGUUAUUACUAUUAAGAGUGAUCUGUAGGUAUUACCUUUAACUGUGGGGAUUUAUUCGUGACUUAAAUAAAACAAUUAGAUAUAAAAAAUCACAAAUUUUAGUAAAUUUGGGAAAGCAUCAUAAAUACAAAAAUACCGAUGUUGAAACGUAUUUAAAUACCUUAAAUUCUUACUAAAAAUGUACCCAAGUUUUUGGGUAAAUUUUUAUCUAUUAAUCAUUCAUGCUUUUUGUACAUUUCUACAUUUCAUAUUUUUGACUUGGUAUCGGAGCUAAUGGGGCGUAUUUCAAAAUUUAAAGACUUAUUUGUAGGUGUUUAAAUACUUUAGACUUAGAUCAUUUAAAUACCAAGUACUUAUUUAUAAUUCUAGAGUAUUUAAAUACUUGGCAUUUAAAUACUUACUCUCAAGUCCAAAGUUUUAGAUACAUACUUACAAAAAGUAUUUAAGUUUUGAAAUACUGCCCAUCAGCUCUGAUACCAAGUUAAAAAUUUAAAAUGUGCAAAAAGUGUGGAUGAUUAAGAAAAAAAUUACCCAAAAACUUUCCCAAAUUUAAUAAAAUGCGUGAUUUUUUUAUAUCUAAUCGUUGUUUUAUUUUAGUCAAGCAUAUAGCCACAGUAUAGGUACAUAUAUCACGCUUUAUAGUAAUUACUUUUCAGUUUCAUUUUUAAAUACAUCUACAAAAAGGUACUACAUAUUUGAUUCAUUCAUGCGUUACAAUGUGAAUUUUUAAAGUGGUUAAUACAGCAUAACUUUAUUAUUUAUAUGCCCAUUUCGCCGAUUCAUAUAGGCAACCCAAAUUACACGGCACAAAGUAGUGGGUCAGGAUUUAGACAGAAUUAGUCUCUUCGAAUACUGCGCGACCAUUUUGGGAGAUCGCCACUCACCAGACCUAACGCCACUUGAUGCGUACAUAGGGGGAAUGCUGAAGCACCGUUUGACGGUCCGGAAUUGGGAAUAGAAGAUUUUUUGUGCCAGAGGGUAUCUUUAACAUCUGUUUUAUCGGGAACGUAGCGCGUCGUCGCGAAUAGUGUUUGAAGGCUAUAUCAUGUAUUAUAGAUAUAUAAAUAAUCAUAAACAUUUCAAUAUUCAUUUCAGUACUAUUUAUUUUGCCGCAUACUGUACCCACUAAAUCACCUACUAUUCGUAACCCUACACUCAAACAGAAAUUUUAAAUUUUUGCACAGUUAUUUUAAAUUAUACAUUAAUAUAAUAUAUUUAUUAUACAUAUA